AUGAGACUGUCUACCUCUGCCCUUGCCCUGGGCGCAGCUACCGCCGUUGCUGGCCUGGACCAGCAGCACGUCCUCGGUGGCGACGGCUUCGAGUCCAUCAAGGUCGCCGGCGAGUCCUGGAUGAAUGUCUUCGAGGAGAAGUUCCACGACAUCACCUCCGAGGCCAAGGCCGUUUGGGACGAGAUCACUCUUCUCGCCCCCGAGGCCGUCGAGGCCUUCAAGAAGUCGGCCAAACUCUCCCAGCCCAAGCCCCACGUCCGCAAGCCUGAUGCGGCUUGGGACCAUGUUGUCAAGGGCGCCGAAAUCCACGACCUGUGGGUCGAGAAGGAGGCCGGCGAGAAGCACCGCCAGUACAGCGGCCACCUCGAGAACUACAACCUCCGCGCCAAGAAGGUCGACCCUUCCAAGCUCGGUAUCGACAAGGUCAAGCAGUACAGCGGCUACCUCGAUGACGAGGAGAAUGACAAGCACCUGUUCUACUCGAGAGCGAGUGCCAGGCCAUGGACAACGCUCUUCCCCGCUGCCAGCAACUCAUCAACAACUGCUACGAAUCCGGCAGUGUUUGGUCGUGCGUGCCUGCCAGCAUCUACUGCAACAACGCCCUCAUCGGCCCUUACCAGCGCACCGGCCAGAACGUCUACGACGUCCGCAGCAAGUGCGAGGACAGCAGCAACCUCUGCUACUCCGCCCUCGGGCUGGAUCAGCGAGUACCUCAACCAGGACCAUGUUAUUGAGGCCCUGGGUGCCGAGGUCUCCAACUACGAGAGCUGCAACUUUGACAUCAACCGCAACUUCCUCUUCGCCGGUGACUGGUUCCAGCCCUUCCACCGCCUGGUUCCCGGUCUGCUCGAGAAGAUCCCCGUGCUCAUCUACGCCGGUGAUGCUGACUACAUCUGCAAUUGGCUCGGCAACCGUGCCUGGACUGAGGCUCUCGAGUGGCCUGGCCAGAAGGGCUUCAACAAGGCCGAUAUCAAGAGCCUGACGGUCGCGGACGACAAGAAGGGCAAGGAGUACGGCAAGGUCAAGUCCAGCGGCAACUUCACCUUUAUGCAGAUCUACGGCGCUGGCCACAUGGUUCCCAUGGACCAGCCCGAGUCUUCGUCGGACUUUUUCAACCGCUGGUUGAGCGGUGAAUGGAACGACUAG